AUGCAGUCCCCUGGAAAGUCUCUGAAGGAAGCUCUGCUCUGUGCACAGAGUGAGGAGCGACUCACUGUUGGAGUUUACGAGAGUGCCAAAAUCAUGACUGAUGAUCCGGACAGCGUGUCUUUCUGCGUCCUGGCCGUGGAUGAGGAGUUUGAGUGUGACAUCGCUCUCCAGAUCCACUUCACCCUCAUCCAGUCCUUCUGCUUCGACAACGACAUCAGCAUCGUCAGAGUGAGCGACGUGCAGCGUCUGGCUGAGAUAGUUGGAGACAAGGCGGAGCAGCUUGAAGAUGCUCACUGCGUCCUCAUCACGAACCCAGCUGAAGGGUCUUGGGAGGAUCCCACUCUGGAGAAGCUGCACCUGUUCUGUGAGGAGAGCCGGCGUCUGAACGACUGGGUUCCUGAGAUCAGCCUGCCCGGCCGUUGA